UGACGUAGAACGUCGGACCAAAACACCAUGACCACCAACAUACGCUGUCAUCUCUUUCAUUUUCUUUUCUGUUCCGAAAUAGUUUGACAUCACUUUUUCAAAGAUGCCAGGGUUAGAGGUGUUGUACACCUACGCUGCGGGUAGCAUAAGUUGCCCCCAGGACGCUGUGGUUUGUUUCGUUCACUGGGAAAUUAUAAAUAGCGGAUACAAAUGUCUUGGAUCUGGCGACGAGCCACGAAGUGGGGACAAGAAGUCUGAGUUGCUCCCCGCUGACUGGAGCAGUAGUAAGGAGCUGUACACCCUUAGGUACCAGUCUCUCGACGAUAAGACCCGGCUCCUGGUGAAAGCCAUCACCGUGGACAACACGCUCAUAUUCAACGCCCUGGACCCAGGCUCUGACCAGGUGUCUGACCUCACCGUCACCAUCAGUGACCACGUGGAUGCAGACCACCUCCAGACAUAUGACAGUGUGUUUAAGGAUGCUGCUGCUCUGACUGAGAAGGUGCAGACCCAGCUGCUGCCCUCAGCACCCGCCCCCAAGGCCCAGCCGGCCAGUAGGAAAGCAGAGAGGAAGAGCAGGAGAGACACGGAGGAGGAGCAUCAAGACCGCCACCCGCUCCGCGUGGGCCCGUCCCAGCCGCUCGGCGCCAGGCAGCCUCACUGGGCAGACCCUAUGGCUCCAUUUGCAUCAGGAAGAGCAGAUUUGGAUCCCUUUGGUGGCGGAGGUGGGGGGAUGAUCGUAGACCCCCUCAGGGCGGGGUUCCCCCGGCCGGGCUUUGACCCAUCAGGAGGUCUCCCUGGCGUGCUGCCACCUGGCGCCGUGCCCCCUGGGGCGCGCUUCGACCCGUUUGGACCGGCGGGCAGGAACAGACCCGGGCCCGACCCAGACCACAUGCCCCCCCCUGGAUACGACGACAUGUUCAUGUAGAAGAGACUCCGCUUCCUGCUUCCUGUAUACUCGGAUGGACUUCCUGUCAGCACACUCCCAGAGGAAUGAGCACUUAAUGUGACUGUGUGAGUGAGGUUUAGUGAGGUGAGCGAGAGGGAGCAUUCGACACUCCUGCAUCCCUGGUCUUAGUAAGCCGUGUUAGCCAGCGUUUGCUCCUGGAACUGAACCUUGUGUUUGAAGCAGGAGGUUGUGUAUUCAGCUCCCUGCAGGCUUCCUCUGCUGCCUCCAUGACUGACUGUCAACAUGGCAGUGUUCACCUCAUGUUGUUUCUCACAAUAAUACGUUAACCAUUUGACUUCCUUGGUUCCUUUCUAUAUGGAGAUGCAACUGCUCUCCUUGUUCCAUUUGUUUCAGACUUAAUUGUUAAUUAAUAACUUAUGAACAUAAAUCCAAUAAAAUAUGUAUUACAUUCCA